AGCAAGCCCACGGCGCUGAAAAGGGAGCCCCUUCUCCCUGUGAGCAGCACCUCCAAAGAGAAUGGGGUUCGUGUAGAGCAAGAUGAUCAAGACUUAUUUGCAGAUGCCACUGUAGAGUUGUCUCUAGACAGCACGCAAAACAACCAGAAGAAGGAACUGGCCAAAGCAUCCAAUCCUGCCUCCUCAUUAGAAGUAGCUGCAAGCUCUUCUAGAAACCCUCCAAAGAGCUAUGAGGAGCUGGAAGAAGAGGAACAGGAGGACAAAUUUGAGCUGACUGUAGGAGUGAGUGACCCGGAGAAAGUUGGGGAUGGCAUGAACGCGUAUGUAGCCUACAAAGUGUCAACACAGACGAGCAUGCCUAUGUUCAGGAACAAGCAGUUUUCAGUGAAAAGGAGGUUCAGUGACUUUCUGGGUCUCUAUGAGAAGUUGUCGGAGAAGCAUGCCCAAAAUGGGUUCAUCGUUCCUCCGCCGCCUGAGAAGAGUCUCAUAGGAAUGACCAAAGUGAAAGUUGGGAAAGAAGACUCCUCCUCUGCAGAGUUCCUAGAGAAAAGACGGGCUGCUCUAGAGAGGUACUUACGGAGAGUGGUCAGCCAUCCAACAAUGCUGCAGGACCCGGAUGUCAGGGAGUUCUUGGAAAAGGAGGAGCUACCCAGAGCAGUAGGCACCCAGACCCUGAGUGGAGCAGGAAUACUGAAGAUGUUCAACAAAGCUACGGAUGCUGUCAGUAAAAUGACCAUCAAGAUGAAUGAAUCGGACAUAUGGUUCGAGGAGAAGCUGCAGGAGGUGGAGUGUGAGGACCAGCGGCUACGAAAGUUGCACGCCGUUGUCGAAACGCUAGUGAACCACAGGAAAGAGCUGGCGUUGAAUACAGCCCAGUUUGCCAAGAGUCUGGCCAUGCUGGGGAGCUCGGAGGACAACACGGCCCUGUCCCGGGCGCUGUCCCAGCUGGCUGAGGUGGAAGAGAAGAUCGAACAGCUGCACCAGGAACAGGCUAACAGUGACUUCUUCCUCCUGGCUGAGCUCCUGGGAGACUACAUCCGCCUCCUCUCUGUUGUAAGGGGAGCCUUUGACCAGCGCAUGAAGACCUGGCAGCGGUGGCAGGAUGCCCAGACCAUGCUGCAGAAGAAGAGGGAGAUGGAGGCCCGGCUGCUCUGGGCCAACAAACCCGACAAGCUGCAGCAGGCCAAAGAGGAGAUCUCGGAGUGGGAGUCUCGUGUCACACAGUACGAACGGGACUUUGAACGGAUUUCUGCCGUCAUCCGCAAGGAAGUGAUACGAUUUGAGAAAGAGAAAUCCAAGGACUUCAGAAACCAUGUCACUAAAUACCUUGAGACGUUACUAACCUCGCAGCAGCAGCUGGUGAAGUACUGGGAAGCGUUCCUACCCGAAGCCAAGGCCAUUUCUUAAUUGGACCGAGCAAACGAGCGUUACCUUUUGCCUUUUUUUUUUUUUUUUACAUUUACACUAUACCUCUUUCUCUU